GGCCUUUAUAUACUUCUCGCAACCAAUAUUAGUACUUCUAAAUACAUUUUCAACUUUUGCUUUAGCAGAACUGAUUUCUUAAUUAAGAGAGAGAGAGAAAUCUAGAGAGAGAAUUAAGAAAAAUAAGAAAGAAGAAGGGAAUGCGAAUUGGGAAGUAUGAAAUCGGAAGGACUUUGGGAGAAGGCAAUUUCGGGAAGGUGAAAUUCGCUAAGAAGAUCGAUUCAGGCCAACCGUUCGCCGUUAAGAUCUUGGAGAAGAAUCGAAUUAUCGACCUCAAGAUCACCGAUCAGAUAAAAAGGGAAAUUGGUACCUUGAAGCUCAUCAAACAUCCAAACGUUGUCAGAUUACAGGAGGUCUUAGCAAGCAAAACAAAGAUUUACAUGGUCCUAGAAUAUGUGAACGGCGGUGAAUUGUUUGACAGAAUUGUAUCGAAGGGGAAGCUAUCCGAGGAUCAAGGCAGGAAGCUCUUCCAGCAGUUAAUUGAUGGAGUGAGUUACUGCCACAACAAAGGUGUUUAUCACCGUGAUCUCAAGUUGGAGAAUGUACUUCUCGAUGCCAAAGGGAACAUAAAGAUAUCUGAUUUUGGGCUUAGUGCACUACCCCAGCAUUUCAGGGAUGAUGGGUUACUGCAUACAACCUGUGGUAGUCCCAACUACGUUGCGCCUGAGGUUCUUGCUAAUAAGGGGUAUGAUGGUGCCACCUCUGAUACGUGGUCAUGUGGCGUCAUCUUGUACGUGAUUCUAACUGGAUAUCUACCGUUUGAUGAUAGAAAUCUUGCAGUUCUAUAUCAGAAGAUUUUCAAGGGGGAAGUUCAUAUUCCCAAAUGGCUAUCCCCAGGAGCACAGAACCUAAUAAGAAGGAUUCUUGAUCCUGACCCUGUUAAGCGUAUAACGAUGGAAGAGAUCAAAACAGAUGAAUGGUUCAAGCAAGACUAUACGCCUGCCGAACCUGAUGAAGAAGAAGAAGAUAUAUACAUAGAUGAUGAUGUUUUGUCAAUACAUGAGCCAUCAGAUACAGAGAAAAGCCCAGAACCACCAUCUCUCAUCAAUGCUUUUCAGCUCAUUGGAAUGUCUUCGUGCCUAGACCUCUCUGGUUUCUUUGAGAAAGAGGAUGUUUCAGAGAGGAAGAUCAGAUUUACGUCCAACUAUUCCCCAAAAGAAUUGCUUGAGAGGAUUGAGGAUAUUGUAACUCAUAUGGGAUUUGGAGUCCAGAGGAAAAAUGGAAGGCUUAAGGUGAGGCAAGAGUGCAAAGGCCAGAAAAGCCCGGGGAGCCUUUCAGUUGCAGCAGAAGUCUUUGAGAUAAGCCCGACCUUGUAUGUAGUUGAAUUAAGAAAGUCCUAUGGAGAUUCUAAAGUUUAUAGACAGCUGUGUAAAAAGCUAUCAACUGAUCUGGGCGUCUCGCCAAGUCAACAAAAUUUGUUGAAGAUGGAAGUUUUAGCAUCUGGACUGGGGCCAGGACAGGAAAUAGCAGUAGAACAAGCCUAGUAGAGUAUCUGUAUGAAAAUCUUUGUGAAGAACAUUGUGUAAUUUGAUACGUCUCGGAACUAGUAUAUCUAUAAAAUGCACACAGUUUUUCAGUC